GAAAAUGAUCUAAAUACAGAACUCUAAACUCACCAAUAUAGGCUAAAUAAUAGAACACUUUCUCCAAAUACAAAAGGAGUGGACAUUAUGAAUGUUAAUUAUUACACCAUAGAUUUCAUAAUUGUUCUUACUAUACACACUUUAUUGUUGUAAGAAAAGUAGUCUUUUUAUUCAUACAAAAGAGGGAAAUGUAGGGAACUGAUCUGGCACUGCUAUCUAUUCAAAUGCUAAAUACUGACCCCCAAGAUCUGGUUGCCUUUGGUGAGGAGAACCUCAGGUGUGAGGAGAUCUUCAUGAACACAAAAUGAUGCUAUGUAACCUUGCUUCCCAAGUUAAUUGAUUAAUAAAAGGCUAAAACCUGUGAUUGGGCAGUUGAUAGAGGUAGGUGCGUUUUCAGCUACCUGGCUUGGGGUCACAGGUAGGGAGAAAACGGAGAAGAAAGGACACACAGAGAAGAGGAGGCCACCAUGAGAGUGGAUGGACCACGAGCAGAUGGCCCGGAGAAAUGGCAAAUAACAAGGGACAUAUGGCUGGGAUGUUAGAAUAACUCCAAACCUGCCCAAUCUAGGCUCACAGCUUGUUAAUGAAAUACAAGGAUUGUAUGUCUUUUGUACAGGCUAGCUAGAAUAUGUAAUUCCUUUUAUAAGCAAACAUAAGAAUUGCUUAGCAGUCUAGGACUCUGCUUGGCUUGGGCUAUGCACACAUACCACACUCCAAACAAUAUGCCUAUGCAAUCUGUAAGGAACCUAGGACUCCCAUUUGUAUUGAGCUAUGCACACAGCCAUCUCUAAAGAAUUGAGGGCUGGAGAGAUGGCUCAGUGGUUAAGAGCACCGACUGCUCUUCCGAAGGUUCUGAGUUCAAAUCCCAGCAACCACAUGGUGGCUCACAACCACCCAUAAUGAGAUCUGACUCCCUCUUCUGGUGCAUCUGAAGACAGCUACAGUGCACUUAGAUACAAUAAUAAAUAAAUCUUAAAAAAUAUUUUAAAAGAAUUGAAUAAGUUGUUCCACUCUUAACAACCAUUGAACUUGGACAGUUUCUAUUCAAAGAUGUUUCAACUACAUCUUGUAAGAGGAUAGUAAGAUUGAUAUUACCUGAAUUAAUUUUGGGUGCAUGGGUAACAAGAUGAAAGUAUGUACUCUGGGUGAACUUUUAGGGAGUAAACCCCUAUUUGCCAUCUUAUGCCUAUGUAUAAUUGGGUACACAUAUCAAAAAUCAGGUGCAUUAUGGAAAGAACGUGCACCGUAGGAAAGAGGUUAUUAUGCCCAGAUCCGAGGGUCCCCAAAGACCACUAGGAGUUGAACUCUAGUAUGCAAAGACAAAGAGUCUUUAUUCAAGCUCUAGCUUGGACCCUCAGGCCCCUCUGAUGAGCAAGGUAGCACAGAAGGCCCCAAGCAUCUAAGGUUCAGCCCUUUUAUUUCAGUUACAGCAGGGUGAGUGGCUUAUCAGCUUGGCAGUUACAUGAUUGGUUAACAAUUAUUUCAGUUGGCUUAAAGAAUCUAUAUCUAUCUAUAACGUCUGGAACAUUAGGUAUUUUCCUGCUGGUGAACCAUGUUUAGGGUGGUUCCUUCCUGGAAUAGUUUGUGGUUUUCUCAGUAAUUAGGGUUGAACCUGAGGAUAGGGCCUAGUGUAUAAUAAAAUGGAAGCCUGGUUACAAGAUGGAGUUUGUCUUGUCAAGUUGGGGCCCUUCAAGGUUACAUAACACUCUGUCAGUCUAGAUAAAGAAUCACCUAUGCAACCUUUAGCAACCAAAUUCCUCCUUCUCUUAAUUCCAUAAAAGGAAAUGCCAGACAGUCCUUGGGGACCUUUAGUCAGUGGCCCACGGUCACUAUUUUAACCACAUUCCUUCUUUCUCUUCUAUACUAUCACUUUGCUUUGGAUACAAUUUUGUACUUUGCAAAUCUGUAUCUGAUCAUUUCAAUGCUGUGAAUAAGAUGUCAUGAACCUGGCAGCACUAAGCCCAGACUCUGACCACCAGGAACAACUACACAGCUGUGAAGAAAAGAACCAAGCCAACGGGCUGGUGGAGAGGGGUGGGUGGGUACAGGGAAAAUGGAGAGCAGGUCCUGCUUGUGAAUGUGACAUUCAUGACCUUUAAAGAUAACCAUGUCUCUAUCCUCUGCUGUAGACUGAAUUACCACACAAGCUUUCUUGAUGGAAUAGAGGUCUUUGUGAUGCAGUCUGGUGGCCUGAUUCUAUUCUCUGUGACAUGCACAUGUCAAGGCUUGGCCCUGGGAGCUAUUAGGCACAUGGACUCUGAAUGUCCUAAGAGUAGGAUGGCUGGUCUCCUCAUGCUGAUGAGGUGCAGAGCAUGCUGAGCACUAUGUGCUUUCUGUGGGACACUGAAUGUCCCUUGUAUGUCUAUUUCUGCAUCUUCAUCAUUGUCCUAAUUGUCUGGCAAGUGUGUCAGAAUUACCAAGGAUUGAAGUGCGAAAAUAGAAGAAGCUGCUGUCGGCGUCAUCAAAAAGUCAGGCAAAGGGCUAAAGAUGCAGCGUCAAGAGGGGACAGUGCGUUGUAAAUGGUGGUGCUCUACCCAGACAAGGCACAGAGCACCAAGUCUAGGAGCUCAGCUUCCUGUUACUGUAGAAUCCCAUAUAACACUGUGUCCUGAUUCCUCAGCCAGGGGACUUUCCCGAGAAGAAGAUGAGAAGCCAUGCGAGCUGCUCUCUAUCAUGAAAAGCCAAAGCUGGGUCCCCAAGCAGGGAAAUGUGCGGCAGCUCCUGUGUUUAGAUCCCAGCUGCCAAAUCUGUGAGGCUACGACUCUAGAGAUUCGGCAGUUGCUGCAGAGUGAGAAAAGCCAGAUCUCCCCUGCCUUGUUGGGACUGCCACAGAGCCCCGCUUGCCUGGAGAUGCCCAUAUCCAGUGAGUCUUUUGAAUGGAAUCAGGAUUUUUACUCCAGGUACUCCACAAACUCUCCAGUGGUGCCGGGAAACCAAACACUCACACAGCUAACAGAAGAGUUAACAGGGUCUAUCAAUGCAGAUGGUGCCCCGCUUUGCUGGACUGAUCCCCUCCAGGUAGGACAGGAAUUUCAUCUGGCAGACAUGCCCAUGGCCUCUGAGACACUGGUUUCUCCAGGGCUUGAGGAGCCAGUGGUUUUAAUGAAUGAGGAAGACACAGUGCACAGCAAUUUAAACUAUAUCCAGCAGCUCCAAGACCAUGAGGCAUUGAACUCACAGGUUCCUUUUCAGACCCUGACCCCACAGCUUACUGUCACACAUCCUAUGGCUGUGUCGAUUGUCACCGAUGCCCCGCAGCCAUUCCUCAGUCCCGAAGUAUUAAGGCUUUUGGAGAUACAUGUGAAAAAACUGAUGCAUUUCCAACGGUGGGGGCUCCCCAGACGUGUAGAGGAGUCCCUAAAGCAAUUCAUGCCAAACCCACCAGUGUAUCUCCGGCCAGAACAUAACCAACCAGUUUCAUUUAUCCUGAAUACUAGCUCUCAAGACUGUGUUCAUAGGUUUGAGGGUAUUUCGCCCGAGACCUGGUACUCAUAUAUGGACGGACAACCUAUCCAGACCUUUUGGGUUUCUGAGUGGUCUAGUGGUGACCAAGGACAAAGACUAUCCUGCAAACCAAUCCCUAGCCUUGUGGAAAAGCCCUUACUCACUCCUGACUAUGAACUUUUACAUGACCUCUGUCUAUCGCCUGAGGGACAAGUUGAUGGCUCCCAGAGCAAUCUUCAGAAGAAAUUCACUCAGUUAUUCUGCGGUCUCCCUUCUAUGCAUAGUGAAUCCUUGGGGUCCACCUUCUUGUGCACUCAAGGUGUCUCCAAGAAUACACUCAAACCCCCCUACAAAGAGCCUCAUUUCUUGAAGGUGUCCCCACCUAUCCCCUUACCUGAGGCAGCCCCGCCCCCUUCUUCAACUUCUCCAAAUGAGUCUUUGGAUGAGCCUCAAAGAGCUCAGAUCGGUGGUGUUCCAUUUCUGACUCUGUCGGAAUGUAAAACUUUGGAGUGGCAUCUUCUACAAAGACAGCUUCAGCUUCAGUGGGGCCUGUCGGCUGUCAUCGCUAGACCUCCACGUGUGCAGAGCCACACGCAGUAUAAGCAUAAGCCGUGGAAUAAAGCCAAGCCACGUGAGACUUUAAAAUUUUUCGGGCCAGGAAAACCCUUCUCAGCUUUCACCAGAGAGCUUUUCUUCAUCCCUCAGCACGCGCGCAAGCUGCUGGAAUUCCACCUGCAGAAGCGGCUGAUUCACCUUCGCUGGGGGCUGCCCCAGAGGAUCCAGCGCUCCAUAAAUAUGCUGCUCUCCUCAACAGACCCGCAGUCCCUGCCCUGCGGUGGCAGUAGGCUACCUAAUGUGAGCAUCUCACAGCCAGGGAAACCAGAGGCCUAUGGGUCUGGUGAUACGUUCUUACCCACAGCGGGCAAAGGAACAACCCCCAUGCCACACUUGUUUGCCAAGGCACAGGAAAUGUUGAAAAGCCAUUUUGAUACCAAAUGUGAACAGAUCCGGGAGGGCAAGGUCCCGGCCUGUGUCCAAAGCGCCUGGAAAGGCAGAAUUCCUGGGGAUUUGGCAGCAGGGACUUUAUUCCCAAACAUUCCACAAGGUCAGCCCCUGGAGCUUCAGGCAGAAAACAACCCUGACCUACAUCAAGAAGCUGUUUCCUGGAAACCAAUGGACCUUGACCAGGAGGCUCAGGCCUUUUCAGGUGUUUUCAUUGAACACUGUAGGCGACCCCAAGCCCUGUCUGAGGAAACCAUUAAGAAACUGGAGACAACUCUGAGACAUAAGUAUUUGGCCUUCCUGUCAGGCCUGCAGGCCCUUUACUGCAUGGCCCCAACUAAAGCAACAUCCCCAACUGUUGACCAAUCUGUAAUCACAACUAUGCCCUGGUCUGUCAAAAGCCCACAGAAGCCCCUAUCUCAGAAGUCUCCACUUGAAGCCCUAUGCCUGAGUGGGCUUGAGCCCUGUACUCAAGAUGACAAGGAGACUUCUGCAAACAUUGCAGAAGAGUUCCAGCAUGGAGCUCAGGGGCAUGGAAGGACAGAGAAGGUGCCUCCAGAGAGACAGCCUCUCCUGAAUAGACCCUACUCAUUAGACACAGAGAUCAUGGAGAGAGUGAGUUUCUACCUGAAAAGGAAGGCUCUGGAUAUAAAGUUGGGAAUUUCUCUAAAAGAGAGUGUGUUCCAAGAGCCAACUGCAACAGACUUGGAGAGUGAAUCUGUUCAGGAGCCUCUCAGGAGUCCACGGGAAAGCACACUGCUACAGGGACCGCCCACCUUAUGUCACGUUCCUGUAGCCCCAGAUCCAGAUAAGGUCUGCCUUAAACAGCCAGCUACUGCAGUGCAGGUUGUGUUUCAGGAGCAAAACCAACCGAGUUCCAGAGCAGUGCCCCAUAGAUCUGCCCGGCAGGGCUCACAAGUCCACAGGAAUAUGAUGGAGGCCCAAGUGCACUAUGUUCAGAUGGGGACCGGUGGGGAAAUGCUGAACCUAGGGGAACCCUUUAGCACUGAGUCCCAAAGCCCAGGCAAGAGUAAGUCAGGCUAUGUCCCUACAGUGGCAGGCAAGAGAAAAAUCCCAGGGAAACCCAAGGUCGUGGGGGACCUUGGAGAAGGGGACGCAGGUCUUGGAUUUUCCCUGGUCAGUCUAAAGACACGCCAGGAUGGAGAGCAGGAGAAGAGGCUCCUGCACAGACAACUCCAGGGCUCCUCACUACAGGCCCAAACCUUUCAUCUUGAGGGUGCCUGUCCACACAGCCCCCAGGAGUCCCCUGAGCUCCAGUUCGCAGAUCCACCUCCAGAAGUCUUCAUGGAGACAGACUCUGAGCAGGACAUGGAAGACAGUCAAAGCAAGGAAUCCAUUGUCCCAGAACCUGCGAGGACUGCUAAAGCCCCCCAGCCUAUGCUCUCCCGGGCUUCCCAGGGCCUUCCUUUCCCACGCUCACCAACUCAGAGAAAGCCUUCUCAGGGCCAACCUGGUCCAGGUCACGUCCCACCAGGGCAUGCAACGCCAGCCUCUCCCUACACGAGACCCAGCCGCCUUCCAGAGGCUGGCUUGAAAAAUAAAAUGAAAUUAUUUUUUCAUUCAAUUAAACUCAAGAUGAAGAGCAAAGCACACACGGAGCCAUCCACGGUCUCUACACCUGGAAAGGUGGCCAAAACCAGUAAAGAAAAUAUUGAUAGGGGUCUGCCUCAAGCCAAGAGCCCCACCAAGAAAACAAAGCCAGAGGACUUCAGAGGGCCCAAGGCCCAGUUUUCUUCUUCUGAGAAGUCAGUAGUUGGCCCCUGUCUAACUCCUUCCUAUAUUCUAGACAGUAAGUUCUGGCCUCGACCUCGACGAGUUGGCUCUGUCUCAGUACUAGGCCACUCUUACCAUUGCCCUCGGCACUGUCCUAGGUUGGCUUAUGCCAAUCAACAGAGAAACCCACCCUAGGUCCCAGGGUUCACAUCAGAAAUGUUGUUCUGUUAAUGGACCCCCUCCUUUGUAUCCUUUAAAGAGAACGAUUAUUGUUAUUUUCUCUAAUGAACAGGUGGAUUAAGGAGCCACCCAUAAUAUAUUCUGUACCUGUAAACCAA